UUUGAAUUUACCGCUCGUUCACGUGGGUUCGAUUUGAAAUGUGUUGAAUCUUGAAUCUGUCAAUGUCAUUAGUCAAAAAAUGUUCCGCGUUGGAGAGGUUAUAAACUUGUGUAAAUCUAUUUUUCUUCAGUGAAAAUGGGAGAAAUAAACUCAUAAUUUUUAUAAAAUGCUCCCUACCAAAGGUUAUUUUCAAGACAUCGAAUGCCCCUACUUCAAUAGUUCAUGCGGAAGGCCGUACUGCCAUUUCAGGCAUAAGAAAAAGUUAUCUGAGGCGGUAGACGAUGUAAGCGAGCCAGAAAAAGAAGAUUCAAGCUGCGUCCCAACGUAUAAGCCAACUCCAAAGAGCCAGCUAGCAAAUAUUCAAAAGCAGAGCCACAUUCCUAUUAGUUAUGUGCCUGAUUUGUCAUUCAGACACACUAGCACUUCAAGACCUGCAUUGAAGAUAGAAAAGCCUGUAUACAAGCCUACACCCCUCAGUAUAUUAUCAUAUGCCAAUAGGAGGGGAUCAACAGUGACUGAAGAGAAUGGAGAACCACAUAAAGAACACAUUGUUGAAGCUAUAAAAGAAUUGAAGCAGAAAGUAGCUGAUAGUGAAUAUAAUCCAGCAUCAACCUUUCCAUCUGCAAGUGAUAUUAAUUUUGAAGAACUUAAUAGUGAGUUUGAAUUGAUAGAUGAAAUAAUCAAUGCUGAUGAAAAUUCAAACAAUGAAGGUGAACAGGAGCAUGAUCCUUGUGAUAUUCUUAGUGGUAUUAAUAAGGAAAUUGACAAACUACAUCAAGAUAUACAAGAAAUCAAAUCUGAUGUGUCAGAUGAUGUUAAAAAAAGCAAUAAGGAGCAAAAUAUCUCUGAUGAGAAAGUAAAACUAGAUGGAAAAGGUAAAGAUAAAGAAAAAAAGAAGGAAGGGAGCAGUAGUAGCAAAAAAUCUAAAAGUACAAGUGAGAAGGACUCUGAGAGGACUGAAAAAAGACAUGUUAGUUCUUCGAAGGAUAAAGAAAAGGCAAGAAAAGCUAUAAAAUCUGAAAAAGAAAAGCACAAGGAUGAGAAGACAGAUAAAAACAACACAGAUAAGAAGUCAGAGAGGCUGAAAGAUGGAGAUGUUAAGGAAGAUAAAGAUAAGAUUCAGAGAGAUAAGCAUGACAAAUCAGAUAAAGCAAAAAGUAUCUGUAAAGAUAAGAAAGCAGAAAAAUCUGAUAAAAGCAAAACUCAUAAAAGCAGUAGUAGGGAAAAACAUAGAAAAGAAGAGCAUGAUGCUAGGAAUGAAACCGAAUCAGAAAUAGAAUCAAAAAGUAGUCAUAAGAGCAAACACAAAAGUAAAGAAAGAAGAAGUAGAAGCGAGAGCAUAGACUGCGACAGCAGAAGUAACAGUAAAGAAAGAAGAAAAACUAAAGAAACUCGUAAAGAUAAAACAAAGCAGAAAAGUAGAGAGAUAAGUAGAAGUAGGAGCAGAAGUAGGAGUACCAGUAAGGAAAAGAACAAAAUUAAAGAAAAAGAAAAAUCUAGGCAUAAGAAUAAAAAAAAGAGCAGAAGUAGGAGUAGAAGCAAAGAACGAAAGAAGAGCGAUAGUAGUAAGGAAAAGAGAAAAAGCAAGGAAUCUUCAGAGAAUGAGAAACAUAGGAAACAUUCAAAGUCCAGACAUAAAGACAAUCAUAGAGAUAAGGAUAAAUCCUAUACAUCUAGUGACAAAACAGAAAACUUGAGAAAAACUACUAAAAGUAGUAAUGACGAAAGUGAUGCAUACAAAUCUCACCAAAAAGUGAAGAAAAAACGGAUAAUGAAUGAAGAUUGCAGUAGCAGUGAAGAUGAAAAGGAUAUGCCAGUGCCUUAUGACAAUGUCAUUGAUGAGAGUUUGUUAGAUUUAGAUAUAGAAGAUGAAAAUGAAACAAUGUUGGAGUGCUACAGAAUAUUCAAUGAGUACAAACCACAACCUGUACAGCAAGAGCAGUUACCUACAACAUCCUCUCAAUCAUCAAUUGAAAUGAGGGAUGAAGAAGAUGUGAAACAGUAUGUGGGGAAGAAAAGGAUAGCACAUACAAAUGCAGAGAAGUCUGUAAACUUUUCACAGCCAGCACUCCCUUCCAAAGUGAGCCAUGCUACUCCUGGACAGAUGUUAGCAAACAGAUAUAAACUAGCUAAGGAAGCACAGGCUAGUAGAGAACAAGAGCUGAUAAUGAAUGAGCUUGAGCAGCAAACAGCGCCAAUGAAACGACCUGCCCAAACCUUAUUGGAGGCAGCCAGGGAGAGAAAAUUGAUUAGGUUAGCAAAUGCUCAAGUAAAACCUCCAAGUGCCAAUAUUGUCGAUGAAAUUAUCAAGGGCACCUCAAAGACAAUAUCCAUGCCUCAAGUUAAGCUCCAGAAGAAAAUAGCUCCUGCACAGAAUGUCAUGAUGAUACAGAAGGCUAAAGAAAGGAUCUCGAAGAUUAAGCAUGUGACUCCAGUCAAAACUGUGGCACAGACCCAGAAAGGAGGUCGGAUAGCUCACGUUCCCGAUGUCUCUUUGGCAGAUAUCCCUGAUGUCUUACAAGCAGACAAAUCAAAACUACCUGUGAAUGUCAGGACGAGAUUUUUAACCAUGAUAGCAGAUGAGUGUGUCAAAUUAUACAUAUCUAAAGAAGAAGCAUUUGCCAGGGCAUUAAAUGAAGAAUUUGCUUGCUAUGAAAAAUGCAAGGUGCUCGCUACUUACAGAAAUUCGGCCAUGUUGGCAGUGAAUAGACUGAGAAAAGAAAUUCAGGAACGUGAUAGAUCUGGCUUAGGUCUGAUUGGACUGGGUGAGGAUCCUAAUAGAAGUAGCUCAGAUGCAGACGGCGAGAAGUUUUACAAUGCCGUGAAAAAGUGGGUGCUGACAGAUGAGGAACUGGACAUCCAUGGAUAUCCAAGAGAAAGUACAGAACACCAUGGAAAGGCUGUGAUAAAGAAUUUCAAGAGUCAGUUGCCAUGCAAUCUCGACGAGAAUCAGAGGAUAUGUGCAAGGUGUCACAAGACCUACCAAGUAGAUGAUGACGGUUGGCCGCUGUUUGACGAAGAAUGCCUGUACCAUCCUUUAAGAAAACGCACGAUUCGCGGCGAACAGACUUACCUUUGCUGUCGCAGCAAUGACGAUAGCGGAUGCGCCACUUCCGACACCCAUGUAUCGGAAGCAAUGAUGACUGGGGAGCUGGAUGGCGUCCAGACCACCAUGGAACCCGAAAGUGAAGAUGAUAGACGCAGCUACGCAGUGUACGCUCUGGAUUGUGAGAUGUGUUACACCACCAAAGGUCUUGAACUUACCAGGGUAACCAUUGUGGACACAGAGUGCAAAACAGUGUACGAAUCUCUAGUGAAACCUCUUAAUCCGAUCAUCGAUUACAACACGAGAUUUUCGGGUAUUACCAAAGAGCAGAUGGAUAGGACUGGUACGAAUUUGCUGCAGGUUCAAGCAAAUAUUCUGCAUUUGUGCAAUUCCAGUACUAUUUUGGUAGGGCAUAGCUUGGAGUCCGAUAUGAAAGUUCUGAAGAUCGUCCAUAGCAAUAUUAUCGAUACUGCAGUAUUAUUUCCGCAUAAAAUGGGAUUGCCUCAUAAGAGAGCUCUAAAAGCGCUGGCUAGUGAAUAUUUGCGGAAAAUAAUACAGAAUGACGUCAAUGGCCAUGACAGUGCGGAAGACGCAAUUACUUGCAUGGAAUUGGUUAAAUGGAAACUGAAAGAGGAGCUCAGAGGGAAAAAGUAAACAUAUUUGUCUCGUAAAACUGUAAAAAUUGUAAUUAAGAAUAAUUUAUUUGCACUGUCUGGUGCCCAGUAUAAAUAAUUUUCUGUACAGCUGAGAUGUUAUAGUUUUUUGUAUUUGAUUGUAAUGAUAAGAUGACUAAGAUGGAAUAAACACUAAGUUUAUACGAA